CUCUCUAUGGAUCUGCGGCUAUGUUGACCAACGGCUACUGAAAAUAUCAAUUGCAACCUUGGUGGUGGCUUCGUCUCUUCUCACUAUGGAUCUGUGGCUAUGUUGACCAACGGCUACUGAAAAUAUCAGUUGCAACCUGGGUGGUGGUUUUGUCUGUUCUCUCUAUGGAUCUGCGGCUAUGUCGAUCAACGGCUACUGAAUAUCAAUGCCAAGUGGAAUGUUCACCAUGGAUUCCCAGAAUUAUAACUGGAAUGGAUGUUUCCCAUGGCAUUUUCAGGAAUUCAUUCUUUUCACACAGAUAGUAUAACCAGCCUGUCACAGAAGAAGUUACUCCUGACGGGGAAGCCCAACGAACAGAUGCUAAUUGCUAAGAAACACCAGAUAGCUAAACAAUAGCAAGUAUGAUCUCAAACCCCUCUGCAUUGAAGUCAAAAUCUGAAUCACAAGUGAAAAGCAUUAAUCCAGCUAGUGCAAGAAGGAAUACAUAUGAAAAUUACAUCUGAAAUUUCAAAUUCUGCUCAAGAAAAUCAAGCUAUAAAGAGGCAAAAACUUGAAGAGUGGAAAGCUAAACAGCAUCAAACCCCAACUUUAAUCCAUAAAACAAGAACUGGGAAAUCUACCAGCAACUUGUACACUUCAACUGCAAAAACACUUACAGAAGACAGAAAGAUUUGUGUUCGAGAACCAGCAGCCCCAUUUAUUUCAAUGGCAGAAAUGAUGAAGAAGUUCGAAUCUAGUACAAGGGAGAUGUCAAUGCCACGCUUGAAUUGUUCCAUGUCACAUAUAAAUACAAAUAACUUGCUUAAAAGUUCUAUUAAUUUUCUAGUACAUUUUCUUUAAAAAUUUAAACUAUUUUUCAGGAUGGUAUGGCUGGAAUCAGUGCAGAGGAAUCCUAAGCUUACACUGACAAGGCCCAAGGAACCUGAACUAGAAACAGCUCAACGUUACCGUCCAGUAAAACUUAAGAGCUCAGCUGAGUUGGAAUAAGAAAUGAUGGCAAAAUUCCCCAAGUUUAAGGCUCGCCCUCUAAAUAAGAAGGCUCCGCUCAGCUCAUUCAUUGGUGGUGGUUUUGCUGAGAUGUGGGAGGGCCUUAUACAGAAGACUAAUGAUGGAGGCUUGGAUGUUAUUGAUACCUAUGUGUUCUGCAACCUCCAUGAACCUUCACCUGGCAAUAUAAAUAAUUGCAACGGAUUUUAUUGCGAUAAUUUCACCCCAAUCAAAAUAACAAACCCACAUUAUGGACCGAGUGAAGUCACUUUCCUCGGAGGCCCAAUUCACCAUCGACCAGUUGAAGAUUUGGCCUUUGAAGUUGCCCAAUUCAUCCAAAAAGGAGGUUCCUUUGUGAAUUAUUACAUGUAUCAUGGAGGAACCAAUUUUGGAAGUACGGCGGGAGGCCGUUUCCUGACUACCAGCUAUGAUUAUGAUGCUCCUAUUGAUGAAUAUGGUUUUGCUUAGCCAGCCAAAGUUAUGACCAUUUGAUGGAACUUCAUAAGGCGAUUAAGUUAAGUGAGAGAGCUUUAGUUAAUGCAGAUCCGACUGUUACGCCGUUUGAAAACUAUGAACAGGUCAUUUCUAUUUCCAAGUGAUUCCUGAGAAAGUGUUGGCUAUAUGGUAAUAUGCUUUUUGUCAUCAAGUCACCAUCUGCACCUACCCCCCCUCCCCGUUGCCGGAAAGAUGGCACGAUAAAAUGUUAGCUCUAUUUUUUUGCUUCAGCUGUCUAUCAAAGAAAAGUUUCUGCUGGGAACCCUC